GGCGGCGGCAUGGCCCGGGUCGGCCAGGCCGGCAGGGGAGCGGGCCGCCCGCGGGCGCAGAGCGGCGGCUCCCCGGGGGCCGGGCCGGCGGCGGCGGCGGCCGGGCGGCUGCUGCUGCUCAUGGUGCUGCUGCCCGGCGAGGGGCGGAGGAGCCGCAGCGGCAGGAGGCGGCGGGGAGGCGGCCGGCCCGGCGCCCCGGCCCCGCGGCUCCCCCGGGAGCGCCCGCGGCGGCGGCGGCGGCUGCUGCCCGCUGCCCCCGCCUGGAUGGAGGGUCUCCCCAGAGGAGGGCUGACCAUGAAAGAAGAACCCUUGACCAGUGGACUGACAUCCGUAAGGUCCUGGAUGCAAAGCACUGGGAUCCUGGAUGCCAACACCGCAGCCCAGAGCGGGGUGGGCCUGGCCCGCGCCCAUUUUGAGAAGCAGCCGCCCUCCAACCUGCGGAAAUCCAACUUCUUCCACUUCGUGCUGGCCAUGUACGACCGGCAGGGGCAGCCCGUGGAGAUCGAGCGCACCUCCUUCAUCGACUUCGUGGAGAAGGACAGGGAGCAGAAUGGUGAGAAAACCAACAACGGCAUCCAUUACCGCCUGCAACUGCUGUACAGCAAUGGGCUGCGGACGGAGCAGGAUCUCUACGUGCGGCUCAUCGACUCCAUGUCCAAGCAGGCCAUCAUCUACGAGGGGCAGGACAAAAACCCCGAGAUGUGCCGCGUGCUGCUGACCCACGAGAUCAUGUGCAGCCGCUGCUGUGACAAGAAGAGCUGCGGGAACCGCAACGAGACGCCCUCCGACCCCGUCAUCAUCGACAGGUUUUUCCUCAAGUUCUUCCUCAAGUGCAACCAGAACUGCCUGAAGAACGCGGGGAACCCCCGGGACAUGCGCCGCUUCCAGGUGGUGGUGUCAACGACAGUGAACGUGGACGGGCACGUCCUGGCGGUGUCCGAUAACAUGUUCGUCCACAACAACUCGAAGCACGGGCGCCGGGCGCGACGGCUGGACCCCUCCGAAGCAGCCACCCCCUGCAUCAAAGCCAUCAGCCCCAGCGAAGGGUGGACGACGGGCGGGGCCACCGUCAUCGUCAUCGGCGACAACUUCUUUGACGGGCUGCAGGUCGUCUUCGGCACCAUGCUGGUGUGGAGCGAGCUGAUCACCCCUCACGCCAUCCGGGUGCAGACGCCGCCCCGCCACAUCCCCGGCGUGGUGGAGGUGACGCUCUCCUACAAGUCGAAGCAGUUCUGCAAGGGAGCGCCCGGCCGCUUCGUCUACACAGCACUGAACGAGCCAACCAUCGACUACGGGUUCCAGCGGCUGCAGAAGGUGAUCCCCCGGCACCCCGGAGACCCCGAGCGCUUACCCAAGGAAGUCUUGCUGAAGAGGGCAGCAGACCUGGUGGAGGCCCUGUACGGGAUGCCGCACAAUAACCAGGACAUCAUCCUGAAGCGAGCAGCAGACAUCGCCGAGGCCCUGUACAGCGUCCCGCGCACCCCCAGCCAGCUGUCCUCGCUGGCCGGGAACCACGCCCACGCGGGCAUGAUGGGCGUCAACUCCUUCGGGAGCCAGCUGGCCAUCAAUAUCAGCGACUCGGCCCCGGGCACCGAGCAAGGUGUGUGCAGGGGCGGGAGCCUGGUCAGACCAGACCAGCCCUCGGUGCCACCAGCUGGUCCCUGGGGAGCAGGCUAUGCCCGCAACACGAGCAGCGUCUCGCCGCGGGGCUACGUGCCCAGCUCCACCCCGCAGCAGACCGGCUACAACACCAUCACGUCCAGCAUGAACGGCUACGGGGGGGCGGCCAUGACCGGCCUCGGGGUGCCCGGCUCCCCCAGCUUCCUCAAUGGCUCCACCGCCAACUCCCCCUACGCCAUCAUGCCCUCCAGCCCCCCGCUGGGCGCGUCCUCCAUCACCCUCCCGUCCGGCACCAGCUCCUCCACCCCCGCCGGCGUCUUCUCCUUCUCCCCGGUCAACAUGAUCUCCGCCGUCAAGCAGAAGAGCGCCUUCGCCCCCGUGGUGCGGCCGCCCACCUCCCCCACCCCCACCUGCACCAGCACCAACGGGAACAGCCUGCAGGACCAGUCUUUCGAGGACUCCGACAAGUUUCACCCCCCUGCUCGGUCGCUCCAAGGACUGGCCUAUUCCUAGACACGGCACGUCGGGUCUCAUCGUGCUGCCCAUGUGACCCGGGACUGGACCAGGACCCCGGAGGGAGCAGACCAUGCACGGGGACCGAACCUCACCAUUGACUCUGGGGCCCCCCAGGGGCUGUGGGGGGCUCGUGCCCACAGGCCCCCCCGCUCCAGUGGUGAUUCGGUGGGAAGCCAGGCUGCGGCCAGAGGGGAAGCCGUGCCCUCUAGCCAGGGGCAGUUUUCCUGCCAAGCUCCUGACAGGGCCUGGCGGCACGGACAGGCUGGGUCCCUCCACGGGAUAGUGCAAAGGGAUGGGGGCUGGCUGGGGGCAGGGGUCUCUCACUCUGACUGCACCUCCCGCUCCUUCCUUCAGGGAGCUCCCCCGGGCUGCCCCAGCCUGGCACAAGAAUGCCGCUCCUGGCCGCCCCAGGUGGUGAGCUCCCGGUAACACCCCCCGAGCAGCGCUAGGCUAGGUGUGGGGCACUGCCGUGGGGGGAAGGGCCCCUGCUGGGGAGCUCUCCCCCAUGGCUCUGCCCUGGGGCUUGAGAAGGGAGCUCAGAGAGGGCAGCUGCCCGAGCACAGGCUCUGGGGCCAGGACUCUUGGGUUCUGAUCCCGGCUCCGCCCGACUCCCUCUGUAGCCUUGGCGACCGGCUGCCCCUCUUUGGCCCCAUUUGGAAAGGGGGCUGGCAGGGGGCCGAGGGUGACUUAGUGACUGGGCCGGAUUCUGGUCUUUGGAGUGCUGGCACCACCAUGGGCCAGGCCACGGGCUGACCAGAGCCUGGCCCAGCUCACUCGCUCUGGGGGGGGGCACUGGGGCGACCGCAGGCCGCUGGCGACGUGUCCUGCGCCCCACAGCAUCCGAACUAACUGCCCAGAGUCCGGGGAAGCCCAGAGACCUGGGGGUGGGAACUGACCAUUCCCACAUUAACCAAACUUUAUUAUUUUAACGUCAAAACCCCAAACCCCAGCUCAGGGCCCAGGCUGGAGUUUGUGGGCAGAGGCUCAGGGCAAUUCGUGCCUUUUCCAACCCCCCCGGGCAUGCCCCGUCUCCUGUGCGCUGGGCAAACCCUGGGGAGAGUCGCUCCCAGCACGCCCGCUUUGUUUCCCUCCUGCCUCUCUGGAAGGGUCACCUGAGCGGGGGGCAGGAGCCGGGCAGCCAGCCGGGACGCCGGGGCAACGCAAGAGGGGCUCACGGCACCAGAACCUGCCCCGGCACAGCCCAGAGCCCGCAGCGGUCAGAGCCCGGCCCUAGAACCGCAGCUGCCGGGGUUGGCCGCGCAGGCCCCAGCCCCUCGCGCCUCCCUUCCCAGCUCGGCUCCUGGGCUGGUCGCUCAGCACCGGGAUGUUCCCAGAUGUUCCCAGCCAGCUGUGGAGCUGCCCACCCACAGAUCCCCCACAGGCUGCUUGCUGGGACCGCGGCAGCCGGCACCGGAGCAGCCUCAUUAGCCCAGGCGGGGUAGUUUGGUGUGGAGCUUGGCCAGGUCUGGGUGGGCCCAGCCCUGCGAGCCGAGGAGGAACCGGAGCCCAGGCCAGCUGCUGGUUUGCUCUCCCAGGGCCGCCUCCAACGCCCCCUGGAGUCCCUGGGCCCCCUGGGCUGGGGGUCCGGCCUCUGCCCUUCCCCGGGCCCGGGGCAGGAAUUAGCAAAGCGUGAGAGGCUCAGGCCGGCUCCGGCAAAAGGCAACGCCCUUGGUGGAGCGCACGGCCCUGCCGCGCUGGGAGAAACGCUGUGUGUAAAGCCGGCGUUGGCCUUUUCCUUUCGGCUCCGUUUUAACCCUGCAGAGCCAGGCCUGAGCCGCGGCCCCUGAGCCCAGAUGCCGAGCCGGAGCUGCCGGCUUGGAGAUGUAAUAAAUCCCCCCAGCCCCACCCCUGGGAUGUAGUACCGGGAAAGGGGGCAGGAGGGGUUUGGGGCUCCUUCGCCCCAGGUGGCAGGGAGGGGCCCAGAUUGUGUCAAUAAGGGAAAGGGAAGGCCCUGGUGCCGGCUGGGCCCCGGCUUCUCCGUGUUUCUCUGGCUGCCGGGUGGGUGCCUCCCCCACGUUGACUUUUUUACUCUGUCUGUCGUCGUCUGUGAAGCCUGUAUAGGAGCCCUGGCGCUAUUCAUGCACUGUGUAAAUGUAAGCACAUGUAAAGCGAAUAUUAGCCUCCUUAUCCACCCGCUAGGCGCUGGGGCCUAGAAUAUACUGCCCGACGCUGCCUUC